GCGCGACGCUCCCCUCUCCCGGCGCUCUGGCGGCGCCUCAGUGCACGCGCGGGCAGCCGGUUGAGGUCAGGCGGCCCAGAACCUGAGCUGAAGCCGCGGGAGGGUGAGGACCGAGAACGAUUAAAAUAGAAUAAUGGAUAAGCGGAGGAGGAGGAAGAAGAGGAGGGGGCGGGGCAGGAAACCGGCCUGUCACGGGUUGGGGGGUUGGGGGAGGGGCUGCCGGGUUUUUUGGGGGGGCGCCCCCCCUCCCCCCUUUAUUCCCUCCUGGCUUGCGGGGAUCGGGGCCUCCUUGUCGCCAUCGCAUUCCCCUCCAGGGCCUCAGCCCGUCCCGCUGCCCCUAUGCUCUCUUUAUAUAGAUAUAUCAUUUUUUAAAUUAAUUUUCAAUGUCAGUCCAAUAAUAGCCUCACUAUAACAGUACCAAAGUAUCAUACAAUUGUAUACUCGCUUUGCAUUGCUUUGGUGCCGCCUGUCCUUCCGCAAAAGGCAGCGGUGCGCUGAUCUCUGGUGACAGCAGCGCGCGCAAAAAAAAGCAACAUGGAAAUACAGUGGUACCUCGGGUUACAUACGCUUCAGGUUAUAGACUCCGCUAUCCCAGAAAUAGUGCUUCAGGUUAAGAACUUUGCUUCAGGAUGAGAACAGAAAUCUGGCUCCGGCGGCGCAGCAGCAGCAGGAGGCCAGUGGUGCUUCAGGAUAGGAACAGUUUCAGGUUAAGAACGGACCUCCGGAACAAAUUAAGUACUUAACCUGAGGUACCACUGUAAUAAUAAGAAUAAGAAUAAUAAUUUUUUAUUUACACCCCGGCCAGAGCCGGGCUCAGGGUGGCUUACACCAGUAAAAUUACAAUAAAAAAUAAAAUAAAUAAAAAACCCAAUUUAAAAUACAGGUUAAAAUAUAAUUUAAAAUGCAGCCUCAUUUUAAUAGAAGCCCAUAGAUCAGAAACUUAAGGGUCAGACUGAGUCCAAACCAAAGGCCGGGCGCAACAGCUCUGUCUUGCAGGCCCUGCGGAAAGAUGUCAAGUCCUGCAAGGAGCCACUCCGCAAAGUGGCUUCCUCCCAGCGACCCUGCGAGGCUGGCUGGUGGCAGGACUCGCGUGUUGCGCAUUGGGAGAGGCUGGGAGGGAAGCCUUUAUCUGGGUCGGGGGGGGGGGUUGUGCGUAUAUCCUAUGUGGGGGAAGAGGUGGUGGGGAUGAACAUGGAAAGUUUCUCCCUCUUCUCUCUCUCUUUCUCAUGUGCCCCAACUGCUGUCACUGCACAAAAGUUGGAGAAUGAAGUCUGGAGGGGGGGUGCCCCACCUUUGACCCAGUGAAAUUCCUGUGCAAUAUAGUUGUGAUUUUUGCAGGAGAAUAAUAAUAUUAUUAUGAAUAAAAUUAUUUAUACCCCACCCAUCUGGCUGAGUUUCCCCAGCCACUCUGGGCGGCUCCCAAUCGAGUGUUAAAAACAAUACAGCCUUAAAUAUUAAAAACUUCCCUAAACAGGGCUGUCUUCAGAUGUCUUUUAAAGAUAGGAUAGCUGCUUAUUUCCUUCACAUCUGAUGGGAGGGUGUUCCACAGGGUGGGUGCCACUACCAAGAAGGCCCUCUGUCUGACUUGUGCUGUGGAUAGGGAUGUGUGGGGUGGAGGUUGCUUUUCUGCUCAUGUGGGAUUUCCACGCAAACAGCAGGACCAAAUAGGGCUGGGGAACUGGGAGGGAGUUUACCGCAAAAGUGAAUUUUGAACUCAGGAGUUCUGCAUCUGCAGCAUAUCCUAUCAGUCAGAACGGGGAAUUGAAAUUGGCCAGUGAGUCCUGAUCUCCCCCACUCCGGUAGGCCAAGUUUGACAGAUGUGUGGGGCUACUUACCUGUCAAUCACCUGACAUCACAGCGAUACCAGGCGACCAGUUUUUGCCCAUGUAGUUUGAAAUCAAAGGCAGCACCAACAACUAGCUGCUUGUCAGGGCUUGCAAAGUGCUGUGCUGUUGAUCAGGAGUUCUUUCAGCCCAGCUGUGUCUUCACUUGCCCCGCAGCUGAAGUCACGUUUUUAUGUAUUUAUUAUUUAAUAAAACGUUAUGUAGCGCUUGAUUGUUUUAAAAAAACCUCAAAGCAGUUUGCAAGAAGAUAAAGCAAGUAAACUGAGGGAAAUAAUCACAGCCAUGCUUUAAAACACACAAAAUACUAAAACAGAUUAAAAGUACCUGUACUUUCUAAGCACCUGCGCGGGCUUGUCUAAAUUGCAAUGUUUUUUAGCAGGUGCUGAAAAGAGUUCUGUGAAGUCUGGCCUGUUGUCAAUAGGCUUUGUUGUUGUUUAGUCGUGUCCGACUCUUCGUGACCCCCUGGACCAGAGCACGCCAGGCACUCCUGUCUUCCACUGCCUCCCGCAGUUUGGUCAAACUCAUGCUGGCAGCUUCCAGAACACUGUCCAACCAUCUCGUCCUCUGUCGUCCCCUUCUCCUUGCCCUCCAUCUUUCCCAACAUCAGGGUCUUUUCCAGGGAGUCUUCUCUUCCCAUGAGGUGGCCAAAGUCUUGGAGCCUCAGCUUCAGGAUCUGUCCUUCCAGUGAGCACUCAGGGCUGAUUUCCUUCAGAAUGGAGAGGUUUGAUCUUCUUGCAGUCCAUGGGACUCUCAAGAGUCUCCUCCAGCACCAUAAUUCAAAAGCAUCACUUCUUUGGCGAUCAGCCUUCUUUAUGGUCCAGCUCUCACUUCCAUACAUCACUACUGGGAAAACCAUAGCUUGAACUAUACAGGCCUUUGUCGGCAAGGUGAUGUCUCUGCUUUUUAAGAUGCUGUCAAUAGGCAGAGAGUUCCAAAGUGCAGGUGCUGCCACACUAACCAUUUGAGUUCUUGCAGAUGCUGAACGAGUAUUUUAGGGCACCUGCAGUAGUGCCCAGUACGCUAAUCGAAGUGGGCACAUGUGGGGUAAGGCGAUCUCGUAGGUAAACUGGUCCCAAGAUAUUCAGGGCUUUAUGUUCUCAUAUGAUGUGGUGGCGAGGCUUUGCCAAAAUGGCCUGGUAGGGCGGCAAGUCCCUACUGUGGAUAUUAACCAUCAUUAGCAGCUUCAGUUUCCUGAGUCGGUCUGACAAGCCAAAUGACAUUGCAUAUUAUAUGACUGUACACCAGCCUUUUUUAUACUAGUUCCUUAGAGUUAAAAACAAAACUACUCUUGUGCUGUACAGUGGUACUGUUCUUAGGGGGUGGGCGGGGGUGGGGGACUCCCUGGUCCUGAAAGGGGUAACUGUGCCCCUGAAGGACCAGGUGUGCAGCUCGGGAGUCAUUCUGGACUCACAGCUGUCCAUGGGUGCGCAGGUCAAUUCUGUGUCCAGGGUGGCCGUUUACCAGCUCCAUCUGGUACACAGGAUGAGACCCUAUCUGCCCGCAGACUGUCUCGCCAGAGUGGUGCAUGCGCUAGUUAUCUCUCACUUGGACUACUGCAGUGCGUUCUACGUGGGGCUACCUUUGAAGGUGACCCAGAAACCGCAAUUAAUCCAGAAUGCGGCAGCUAGACUGGUGACUGGGAGUGGCCGCCGGGACCACAUAACACCGGUCCUGAGAGAUCUGCAUUGGCUCCCAGUACGUUUCCGAGCACAAUUCAAAGUGUUGGUGUUGACCUUGAAAUCCCUAAAUGGCCUUGGUCCUGUAUACCUGAAGGAUCGUCUCCACCCCCAUUGUUCUGCCCGGACACUGAGGUCCAGCUCUGAGGUCCUUCUGGCGGUUCCUCAUUGCGAGAAGUGAGGUUACAGGGAACCAGGCAGAGGGCCUUCUCGGUAGUGGCGCCUGCCCUGUGGAAUGCCCUCCCUUCAGAUGUGAAAGAAAUAAGCAGCUAUCUUCUCUUUAAAAGACCUCUGAAGGCAGCCCUGUUUAGGGAAGUUUUUAAUAUUUAAUGCUGUACUUUUUUAACACUUGAUUGGAAGCCGCCCAGAGUGAUGGGGAAACCCAGCCAGAUGGGCGGGGUAUAAAUAAUAAAUUAUUGUUAUUGUUAUUAUUAUUAUUAUUAUUAGUAGUAGUAGUAGUAGUAUUAGUAUUCCACCAACAUGAGAAGCAGCCAAAGUUAGGACCAGGUGUAUGGUAUGAAUCUGUAGAAGUGUAAGAACGGCAGCAUAUGCAGCACCGAAACCCACCUCCUGAGAAGCAAGCACAGCUGCAUUUCUAAGCCAAAGGGCGGCAAGGCUGGGCUUAAAAGUGUUGGGUUCGUGGUAUGCAAAAUGUGAGAAAUCCAAUAGCCUAGGCAUAUGACAUUUCUAAUAGCCAUCAGAUGCUCCCUUCUUGAUGCACAUGUGAAGAAUCCAGUCCCCAUAUGCGCAUCUUAAUACAGUGGUACCUCGGGUUAAGUACUUAAUUUGUUCCGGAGGUCCGUUCUUAACCUGAGACUGCUCUUAACCUGAAGCACCACUUUAGCUAAUGGGGCCUCCUGCUGCUGCCGUGCCGCUGGAGCACGAUUUCUGCUCUCAUCCUGAAGCAAAGUUCUUAACCUGAGGUACUCUUUCUGCGUUAGCGGAGUCUGUAACCUGAAGCGUAUGUAACCCGAGGUACCACUGUAUAUGCAUGCUGUAUUGCUGGACCCACUGCCCAAGAUCUCCCUGACCUCAUUCUUCUUCCACCCUCAGGAAACCUCUGCUGUUACGCAAUUAAGUAAUUGUUCCAUUUGAUCUGCCUAUGCUAGCACUCGGAGCAUAAUAGUCCUUUUCGCUGAGGGUCUCUUCUGUUAAUUCAAAAUCCAUAUUUGUAAUCUGCUGGUUGGGUUAAUCGCAUCAAUUUUCUCUUAAUGCUUUGAGCCCUGGGGGGACAGGUAUUUUGACACAGCAAUCAAUGUUUCCUCAGUAAGUCCCGUGGCUGAUUGUUGCCACCAUUCGAGAAUCUUGACAGCACAAUCUUAUCCAUUCAUAAUCAGGAAAACGUCUCGCUGAGUUCAGAGGGACUUACUUCUGGGCAAAUGAGUACAGGAUUGCACCCUGGCUCGGUUUGCACCGAAGCCAGUGGCGAAUCAAUGUCUGCAUUUAACAGUUUUCUAUGCUUUUAUUGGGAUGCAGGUGGCGCUGUGGGUUAAACCACAGAGCCUAGGACUUGCCGAUCAGAAGGUCGGCGGUUCGAAUCCCCGCGACGGGGUGAGCUCCCAUUGCUCGGUCCCUGCUCCUGCCCACCUAGCAGUUCGAAAGCACGUCAGAGUGCAAGUAGAUAAAUAGGUACUGCUCUAGCGGGAAGGUAAACGGCAUUUCUGUGUGCUGCUCUGGUUCGCCAGAAGCAGCUUAGUCAUGCUGGCCACAUGACCCGGAAGCUGUACUCCGGCUCCCUCGGCCAAUAAAGCGAGAUGAGUGCCGCAACCCCAGAGUCGGUCACGACUGGACCUAAUGGACAGGGGUCACUUUACCUUUAUGCUUUUAUUGCCGUAAACCACUUUGAUGUAUUUUUUCAUGACAUAAAAAGGUAAAGAUAAAGGACCCCUGACAGUUAAGUCCAGUCACAGACGACUCGGGUGUUGCUUUACUGGCUGAGGGAGCCAGCGUUUGUCCGCAGACAGUUUUUCCGGGUCAUGUGGCCAGCAUGACUAAGCCGCUUCUGGAGAACCAGAGCAGAGCACGGAAACGCCAUUUACCUUCCCGCCACAGCGGUACCUAUUUAUCUACUUGCACUGGUGUGCUUUUGAACUGCUAGGUGGGCAGGAGCAGGGACCGAGCAACGGGAGCUCACCCCGUCGUGGGGAUUCGAACCGCCGACCUUCCGAUCGGCAAGCCCAAGAGGCUCAGUGGUUUAGACCACAGCGCCACCCACGUCCCUUUCAUGACAUGGUGGUAUACAAAUAUUUUUAUCAAUAAAUUAUGGAAAGUCCUCACGAGCUGCCUUCACCUUUUCUCCCUGUUCUUAUCCAGCUCCUUGGAGAUGAGUUGAUGCCCGCCCAGCGCUGUUCCCCUUCCCUUCGUCCUCCUCCUCGCUCCCCGUGGGCCUUGCUACAAAAUGGCUGCCAAGCUCUUGCACCGCUGGUAUCGGCUCUACAGGCUCUCAUCCCCCUUGUGCGCCCGAGCUCACAUCCUGUCUGCGGGAAGCAAGAUGGUGAUGGCCAGAGGGCCGCCCCAAACCCCUUCCGCCCCGUUGACUGCUUUUAGCCUCUCGAGGCCCACAGACAAACUCUCAGUCAAGGAGCAGGCGGACAGGGCCCCCCCUGAACGCAGCGAGCUGGAGGACAUCAUCAACUCGGCGUCCACCGCAGAGGAUCUCUUGCACUUGGAGGAGCUUUACGCCGUCAACGCAAACCAAGCGGCCGUUAUAAUCUCCCGACUCUCCCGUCUAGUGGCGGAGAAAAAAAUGGACCCUGAAAGCAUCUUGCGGGAUGUGCGUUUCCAAGACCUGCUUCAAAUCAUACACAGACAGGUGAGUUCUGCAGCCUGUAAGUGAAAACAGUCCGGUGGCUGCUUGCUGCUUGCUUUCUUAUUGAUAGAUACCGUAUUUUUUGCUCUAUAGGACGCACCGGACCAUAGGAUGCAUCUUGUUUUAGAAGGGGAGAACAAGGAAAAAAAAUUCUCUCCCUCUCUUCGCAGCGCCUCUUCAGCGAAGCGGCAGGAGAUACGGAGCCCCUUCCAUUUCUCCUCCCGCUUCGCUGAAGGGGCGCUGCGCAGCUCUCCCUCUCUGCUGAAGCCAGGAGAGUCUUGCUCUCCUGGCUUCAGCGAAAGGAACCUGAAGCCUGCGGAGCGCAGUGGGAACUCGCUCUGCGCUCUGAAGGCUUCAGCGAAAGCAACGCAAAGCCUCCAGAGCACGGGGGGAGCGCUCCCUCUGCGCUUUGGAGGCUUCGCAUUGCUAUCGCUGAAGCCAAGGAGCCUGCAUUCGCUCCAUAAAAAGCACACUUAAUUUCCCCUUUAUUUUUGGAGGGGAAAAGGUGCGUCCUAUAGAGCGAAAAAUACGGUAGGUAGAUAAUUUAUUACGGUCAAAGACCAGCUUAUAAAACACACUUAGGGGUACAAUCCCAGAAGGAAAACAAACAUUUAAAACAACGCACAACAAUAAAUUUAAAAUUUAUAAAUGCGAUAAGCGUAUAGACACUUAAAACUUUAAGAUAAGCUACCGCAGAGAGAUGACCCAGAGUCGCCCAUGGAACCGAGUUUGGGGGUUUUCUUAACAAACUAGUUUGGGUCAGGGGAUGGUCUGUGCCUACAGAUCUGUACACAGAAUCUGGCGACUGUCCGGGUCGUCUUAUGAUCUUUGCCUAACAGGAAAAGGUCAAUUUUUUUCUUAUUGAUUGAAUUUAUAUACCGCCCUAUACCUGGAGGUCUCAGGGCGUUUCGCAGAAUAAAAUCACAAUCUACAUAAUCAAAAUAAAAACAACAGCCCAAUAAGACCCCCCCCCCCAAAGAGCCACAUUUUAAAAGGAUACAGGAUGUCCCAUCAGGUCAACCAAAGGUCUGGUUAAAAGGGAACGUUUUUGCCUAGCGCCUAAAGGUGUAUAAUGAAAGCAUCAGGCGAACUUCCCUGGGGAGAGCAUUCCACAGACGGGGAGCCACUGCAGAGAAGGCCCCGUUCUUGUGUUGCCACCCUCCUGACCUCCCGAGGAGGAGGCACACGAAGAGGGGUCUCAGAAGAUAAUCUCAGGAACCGGGUAGGUUCAUAUGGAGAGAGGCAGUCUUUGAGGUAUUGCGAUCCUGAGGCAUUUAAGGCUUUGUAGGUCAAAAGCAUCACUUUGAAUUGGGUCCGGGAACUAAUCGGUGGCCAGUCCAGUGGGACCAGGAUCGGUGUAAUAUUCUCAUACCGUCUUGCUCUGGAGAGCAACCUGGCCACUGAAUUCUGCAGUAGCUGAAGUUUCCAAACCGUCUUCAGAGGCAGCCCUACGUAGAAUGCAUUGCAGUAAUCCAACCUUGAGGUUACCAGAGCAUAGACAACAGUAGUUAGGCUAUCCCUGUCCAGAGAGGGGCGUUGCUGAGCCACCAGCCAAAGCUGAUGGAAGGCACGCUGGGCCACUGAGGCCACCUGAUCCUCAAGUGACAGGAAAGGAUCCAAGAGGACCCCCAAGCUGCGAACCUGCUCCUUCAGAGGAAGUGUAACCCCAUCAAGAGCAGGCCAUCUCCCAGCCAUCCGGUCUAGGGAACCUCUCACUAACAGGGCCUCUGUCUUAUCUGGAUUGAGCUUCAGUUUGUUGGCUCUCAUCCAGUCAAUUACCGAGGCACUUGGGGCCAGCAAAGUGAUUCCUCUUCCCCAAAAGGCCUCAGGAAUCAAAGCCCCUCAGUGCCUGUUGAGUGUGGGAGUUAGGAGGAGGUUUAGAAGGCUGUGGAGGUGUGGGUUCGAAUCCCCGCGCUGCUACAAACCUCUCUUUCAAAUCAGAACCAGUGAAGGUCCUGUGUGAGUGUCUGGAGGCGGUUGGAGGAUGGAUGGCGGCUAAUGGAUUGAGGUUGAAUCCUGACAAGACAGAAGUACUGUUCUUGGGGGACAGGGUGUGGGCGGGUGUGGGGGACUCCCUGGUCCUGAAUGGGGUAACUGUGCCCUUGAAGGACCAGGUGCGCAGCCUGGGAGUCAUUUUGGACUCACCACUGUCCAUGGGGGCGCAGGUCAAUUCUGUGUUCAGGGCAGCUGUCUACCAGCUCCAUCUGGUGCGCAGGAUGAGACCCUCCCUGCCCGCAGACUGUCUCGCCAGAGUGGUGCAUGCUCUAGUUAUCUCCCGCUUGGACUACUGCAAUGCGCUCUACGUGGGGCUACCUUUGAAGGUGAGCCGGAAACUACAACUAAUCAGAAUGCGGCAGCUAGACUGGUGACUGGGAGCGGCCGCCGAGACCACAUAAUACCAGUCUUGAAAGACCUACAUUGGCUCCCAGUACGUUUCUGAGCACAAUUCAAAAUGUUGGUGCUGAUCUUGAAACCCCUGAAUGGCCUCGGCCCAGUAUACCUGAAGGAGCGUCUCCACCCCCAUCAUUCUGCCUGGACACUGAGGUCCAGCUCUGAGGGCCUUCUGGUGGUUCCCUCACUGCGAGAAGCAAAGCUACAGGGAACCAGGCAGAGGGCCUUCUCGGUAGUGGUGCCCUCCCUGUGGAACGCCCUCCCGUCAGAUGUCAAAGAGAUAAACAACUACCUGACAUUCAGAAGAUAUCUGAAGGCAGCCCUGUUCAGGGAGGUUUUUAAUGUGUGACAUUUUAGUGUAUUUUUGGUCUUUGUUGGAAGCCGCCCAGAGUGGCUGGGGAAACCCAGCCAGAUGGGCGGGGUACAAAUAAUAAAUUAUUAUUGUUAUAUUAUCAUAUUAUUACAAAGCUCAGUGGGUGAAUUUGGGCCAAUCGUGAUCUCUCUAAGCUUGACCUACCUCAUGGGAUUGUUGUGAGGGUAAAAUGGGGAGUGGGGGCAUGUGGUGUGGUCCUUGGAGGAUCACCAGGAUGUAAAUGUCGUUUUAUUUCGCAUUCUGAAUUUGCUUUCUUGAUUCUAACAUUGAGCUUUUUUCGUUAGAGGCUUAUGGCGAGCAGCUAGCUACAAAGAAGGGUGAAAUUUAUCCGAAAUUUAUUUAUUUGAUUUCUAUAGUGUAGACCUCAGGGCAGUUCAUAACAUAAAAACACAAGACAAAACUGCUGACUGAAGGCAGCUGUAACUGGUAUCAGUUAACUUGCAAAGAGGCUUGCAGUUCCUUGGGCUUCCCCUCAUGACAACCCCGGGAGGAAAAGUUAUUCUUCUGUUUGCAAGUAGUGAAUGAGGUCCUCCCUGGUCAAAGUCCAGUUUUCUGAACGGGGACAAAUAAAAAUUCGUUGUGGCAGGUGAAAGGUAGCCGAUUUCAAAAUGUAUUUCUGCUCUUAGGCCUGAGCUCCUGCAAGAUCUCGGGGAAGAAAGAAACUUUUUCUACUCCUGUAAUUAAGUCUUACAGCAUUCUCUGAAUAAGCAGGAAGCCUCCACAGAUACAAAAUGUCCCUUGCUGCAGACAGAAGUUAUACAAGGACAGGGGGAAUCCAGAGGGAGCCAUUUGAUGACAGGGAUAGGCCCCUACAGCCCUUUUCUAGAUGUUGCCCUUUCAUGGCUGUGACACCAGAGGAGGGCUAGUGUGGGGAUCACAUGAAACUGAUUAUAGAAUUAUAGAAUCAUAGAGUUGGAAGAGACAACAAGGGCCAUCGAGUCCAACCCCCUGCCAAGCAGGAAACACCAUCAGAGCACUCCUGACAUAUGGUUGUCAAGCCUCUGCUUAAAGACCUCCAAAGAAGGAGACUCCACCACACUCCUUGGCAGCAAAUUCCACUGUCGAACAGCUCUUACUGUCAGGAAGUUCUUCCUAAUGUUUAGGUGGAAUCUUCUUUCUUGUAGUUUGGAUCCAUUGCUCCGUGUCCGCUUCUCUGGAGCAGCAGAAAACAACCUUUCUCCCUCCUCUAUGUGACAUCCUUUUAUAUAUUUGAACAUGGCUAUCAUAUCACCCCUUAACCUCCUCUUCUCCAGGCUAAACAUGCCCAGCUCUCUUAGCCGUUCCUCAUAAGGCAUCGUUUCCAGGCCUUUGACCAUUUUGGUUGCCCUCCUCUGGACAUGUUCCAGUUUGUCAGUGUCCUUCUUGAACUGUGGUGCCCAGAACUGGACACAGUACUCCCGGUGAGGUCUGACCAGAGCAGAAUACAGUGGCACUAUUACUUCCCUUGAUCUAGAUGCUAUACUCCUAUGGAUGCAGCCCAGAAUUGCAUUGGCUUUUUUAGCUGCCGUGUCACACUGUUGGCUCAUGUCAAGUUUGUGGUCAACCAAGACUCCUAGGAAGAAGGUGGCCAAGCCCCCAAAAGGCAGUGGAGACACAGGAUGUGGGUUACAAGGAACUUGGUGGGGUAGGGCUCCCUGACCCCGAGAUGGGAGAUGGGGGCUGGGGAUGAAGCCUCUUUAUCCAGAAGAAUUUGAGCAGGAGAACAUGGGAGCUUGCAGGAUCAGGCCCCUACCUAGUCCAGCAUCCUGUUCUCGCACGGGCCAACUAGAUGUUCAUCACGGGAAGCCCCGCAUCAGGAUCCGAGCGCAAGAGCCCUCUCCCCAUCUGUGCUUUCCAGAAACUGGCAUUCAGAAUCAGGGCUGCCUCCCAGACCAAGGUGGUUGACUCUGCAGAACUAGCAAAAUGACCUGUAGGAUCCGAAAUCAGGAGGCAACAAAACUCCAAAGAGAUUGGAGCAAAUUUAUAGAAUAUAUAACUGUAGAAAUUUGAAGACUCUGGCAGGAAUGAAAUAAAUCUUACGACGUAGAUAGGAUGCAAUAAGAAACGGUGUAAAAGUAACUGAAGUAAGAAAGCCAGUUGAAGGGAGGGAAGUCAACGCUCGGCAGAGUGUGGGGAAAGAAUGUGGGCAAAUGACUGUUAAAUUUCAUUGUAUUUUGUUUGCUUGUAUGAAAGGAAAAACCAAUAAAAAGCAUUUUUUUAAAAACCCAGAAUCAGUGCUGCCUAUCGGUGGAGGCAGAGCAGAGCCAGCAUGUCCAGUAGCCAUCAAUAGCCCUCUUCUCCACGAAUUCGUCCUAACCCUCUGUGCUGGUCCCUGGGGCUUCCUGUGUGGCAUGGUCAGAGUCCAGUCCAAGGUUGAGGGUGUGGUAUGGGGGCUGUCCGUCAAGGCUGAAGCGGGGUCCAAGGCAAGGAAUCGGGUGAGGUCAGGAACUCUGGCAGAAGAGCAGGACAGGAUACCAGCUGGAACAGGUUACCAAUAAUGUUGCUCCCGCAACCUGGGACUGGGGCUGGCCAGCUUUUAUCUGCCCCAAGGCAUAGGGCGGUCCCAGUCCACAGGUGACUCGCCUCUCCUGGCCUGGAGAUGAGCACUCCUCCUGCAGGAACUUACAGUGGUACCUCGCAAGACGAAUGCCUCUCAAGACGAAAAACUCGCAAGACGAAAGAGUUUUUUGUUUUUUGAGUUGCUUCGCGAGACGAAUUUCCCUAUGGGCUUGUUUCGCAAGACGGAAACGUCUUGCAAGUUUGUUUCCUUUUUCUUAAAACCGUUACAGUAAUACAGGGUGCAUUGCUUGAAGAGGUGCAGUUGCAACUUGACUUUGGGGAGCAACUCAUAGCACGCGGUGUGGUAGCCUUUUUUGAGGUUUUUGAAGAUUUUUUUGAAAAAAUUGAAACCGUGCUUCGCAAGACGAAAAAACUCGCAAGACGAAAAAACUUGCGGAACGAAUUAAUUUUGUCUUGCGAGGCACCACUGUAGUUCCCUCCGCCUCUCUGCCCUGAGCCUCUGCAGCUCAGGAGAGGAUGGAGGGUUACCGGACCCAGAGGCAACCUCAGCUUCCUCUGACGGGGCUGAGAGUGGAGCACCUGCAGGCAAUGGGUCCUCCAUCACCUCUGGAGCCAGAGCAGAUUCAGCUGGUGUCUGCUCCUGAGGAUCCGGCACAGGUGAGGACCCUUCAGGCUCAAGCCCCAGCCCCGGCUCAGCCGGUCCUGGAGGCAGGGACUCCUGUGCAGGCUGGGAUUCCUCAGGUUCAGCCUCUGAGUCCGAAUCCCAGGCCAUCACACCCUCUUUUAAAGCCGUCCAAGUUGGUGGCCGUCACUGCUUCCUGCAGCAGGGAGUUCCACAGUUUACACGUGCAGAAGUCCUUUCUUGCAUCCGUCCUGAAUCUUCUUUUGUGUGCAGGGGACUCAGGUAUGGAACACGGCUUUGGUGAACCUUUUCAAGAGCCUCGACCUCCUGGGGCUGGAGCGGAGCAGGCCGGAGAUGCGCUCGGUGGAGCAGGAGGUGCGCUGGCGGCUGAGGCGCCUGACCUUCAAGAACCUGGCCUUCCUGGCUGAGCACGUGGCCGCCAGCGUCCCCAAGGGACACCCGAGCGAGCUGCUCAGCGAUGUGCUGAAACAUCUUGAGCUGCGUUGGACGGAGAUUUCGGACGUCAGGACGGUGGUGAUGCUGAUGUCGAAAGUGGGGCCCCUCUCCCCAGCACUGAUGGAGAGACUGGAGGAUAAGGUAGAGGCAGGAACCAGUACAGUCCGACACCGGGGGUGAAGGGAGAGGAGAUGCAUGGGAUUUAUUUAUUAUUAAAAUGCAGUUGAAUGGCUAUGUACAAAGUCAAUAAAACACAGAAUACAGUACAGUGGUACCUUGGCUCUCAGACUUAAUCCGUUCCGGAAGUCCGUUCCAAAACCAAGGCGCACUUUCCCAGAGAAAGUAGUGCAAAAUGGACUAAUCCGUUCCGGGCUUUUAAAAACAACCCCUAAAACAGCAAUUGUGAACAUGAAUUGGGCAGCUGGCCCAAGUAGGACUAAUUCAGCCAGCUAGCCCUGCCUGGGGAUUAUCUAAUUGAAUUUUGAAUUUUAUUGUCAUUCAUGUUUUUAUACUGUAUUUUAUGCUGUCUUUAUAAUUAAAUGUUUUAAAGUGUUUUAAAUUUGUUGUUGGCUGCCCUGAGCCCAGUUUUUGAACCGGGAAGGGCGGGGUAUAAAUAAAAAAUUAUUAUUAUUUAUUAUUAUCUAACGAGACCACUGAUCCAUAAAAUGAAAGCAGUAAACGAUGUCGUCCUGCAGUCACACAAUCAGUCCAUCAGUAGCUGAACUGGGUUCCACACAGUCACAAAAACAAAACGGAAAAGAGCCGCAAAAACAGAAACACAGAAUAAAUAGGAAAAACAGACAGACCUCAGCGUAAAAUGGAAGUGUGGCGCUCAAAUCGGAAGCGUAAAACUCAAAACGGAGCACGUUCGGCUUCUGAAAAAAGUUUGUAAACCGGAACACUUCUGGGUUUGCAGUGUUUGGGUUCCAAGUUGUUUGAGUACCAAGGCGUUUGAGAACCAAGGGAUCACUGUACAAAGCAAUACAUAGUGUAACAGUAGCAGUUCCAGAGUAGCUCGGAAAACCAGCCACAACGUGUUGAUUUAAACCUGAGAAAAUAGAACAGUUUUUUGACCACCUUGCCUGUAUUAUACGAAGCAGAUGCCAAGCAAGUGUCAUUCUACAUGGUUUUAAAACAUUGGCCGUCCAUCUAGGCCAGCUUUUCUCAACCUGUGGGUCCCCAGAUGUUGUUGAACUACAACUCCCAUCACCCCUAGCUAGCAAGGCCAGAGCUCAGGGAUGAUGGGAGUUGUAGUCCAACAACAUCUGGGGACCCAUAGGUUGGGAAAGGCUGAUCUAGGUGCUUCACAGACAGGUUUGUGAGGCUGGUGGGAGAGCUUUCUUUUCCCCUUGCUUGUGAAAAGAAGGGAGAUCCGGUUUCCUCAAAGGCAUUUUCCUUUACAACCCCAUUUGUAGCUCUUCUAAACCCAGUUCAUCAUAGAAUCAUAGAGUUGGAAGAGACCACAAGGGCCAUCGAGUCCAACCCCCUGCCAAGCAGGAAACGCCAUCAGAGCACUCCUGACAUACGGUUGUCUGCUUAAAGACCUCCAAAGAAGGAGACUCCACCACACUCCUUGGCAGCAAAUUCCACUGUCAAACAGCUCUUACUGUCAGGAAGUUCUUCCUAAUGUUUAGGUGGAAUCUUCGUUCUUGUAGUUUGGAUCCAUUGCUCCGUGUCCGCUUCUCUGGAGCAGCAGAAAACAACCUUUCUCCCUCCUCUAUGUGACAUCCUUUUAUAUAUUUGAACAUGGCUAUCAUAUCACCCCUAACCUCCUCUUCUCCAGGCUAAACAUGCCCAGCUCCCUUAGCCGUUCCUCAUAAGGCAUCGUUUCCAGGCCUUUGACCAUUUUGGUUGCCCUCCUCUGGACACGUUCCAGUUUGUCAGUGUCCUUCUUGAACUGUGGUGCCCAGAACGGGACACAGUACUCCAGGUGAGGUCUGACCAGAGCAGAAUACAGUGGCACUAUUACUGCCCUUGAUCUAGAUGCUAUACUCCUAUUGAUGCAUCAUUCUGAACUAGCUCUAUAUUCCCAAUAUUAUUGAACCAUAUCUCAAGAGGUGGCUCCACUUGGGAUUUUCAGCGAAAUCAUUUUUCUUUUAAAAGAUAUCAAAGUAAAUCAAACCAACUGAUACAAUAGAUAUAGCAGAAGUACCAAAACUCAGCACAGUGUGCCUGAAAGAGACUUAGUAUUAGGUUGGCAAAGUACUGAAGGCCAUUAGGAAAACAAAAUUUCACUUUGUACUGUGGAGGAGAAGUCCUGUGUUGUCAGCCUUAGUUGCUUAUAAUAUAAAAUCGCACCAAACAGCAUAGACUUUCAUCAGGGUCCUCCUAACCUUUGGCGACUUGUAAUUUGUGAGUUAGAUUUUCAGCUACCGCUAAACCUUUAUACCAGACUUUUUCAGCAGGGGGCCGGUCCACUGUCCCUCAGACCUUGAGGGGGGCUAGACUACUGUAUUUUUUGCUCUAUAAGACGCACAAGAGGCACCUAGUUUUUGGGGGAGGAAAACAAGAAAAAAAAAGAGCAAGAGGGAUCGCUGUGCAGCGAAAGCAGCAAUCCCUCUUGCUGUUCUGGCUUCUGGGAUAGCUGCACAGCCUGCAUUCGCUCCAUAAGACGCACACACAUUUCCCCUUACUUUUUAGGAGGGAAAAAGUGAGUCUUAUAGAGCAAAAAAUAUGGUAUAUUUUGGAGGGGGGGAAAUGAACAAAUUCCUAUGCCCCACAAAUAACCGAGAGAUGCAUUUUAAAUAAAAGGACACAUUCUACUCAUGUAAAAACACGCUGAUUCCCGGACCGGAUUUAGAAGGCGAUUGGGCAGGAUCCUGCCCCCGGGCCUUAGUUUGCCUACCCAUGCUUUAUACCAAUGCGAAAGUUGCAAGUAAGGUUUCCAUUUGGGGUGCAAUAUGCCGAUAGCGUAUGCCCCGCCGGAAUUGGUCUUCAUCCAUUUUUCACAUCCAUCAUCUUUGUCAACAGAGCCUGGAGUUAGCUGAGCACUUCACCCCCGAGGACACCCGGAGAGUCGCCGUUGCCUUGGCGAUCCAGAACCGCCGGUCCAUCCCUCUGCUCCGGGCAAUCUCCUACCACUUGGUCCAGAAGCACUUCACCUUCAGCACCAGCAUCCUCCUGGACCUGGCUUUCGCCUACGGUGAGCGGCGACUUCCUUUUAAAAAAUGGGCGCAUCCCUUUAACCCUUCUGCCCAGUAAAGAGUUUUACGCACCAGGAAGCAGAGACAGCAUACAGAUGCUUCUGCAGACAGCAUUCUCCCUUCCCUGGCCACUUGCCAUCCAUGGUGGAGGGGCUGGAGAGGGUGUGUAAUAAAUUAUUAUUAUUAUUAUUAUUUAUACCCUCCCAUCUGGCUGGGUUUCCCCAGCCACACUGGGCAGCUCCCAACAGAAUAUUAAAAAUACAGUGGUACCUCGGGUUAAGAACUUAAUUCGUUCUGGAGGUCUGUUCUUAAUCUGAAACUGUUCUGAACCUGAAGCACCACUUUAGCUAAUGGGGCCUCCUGUUGCUGCCGCCGGAGCACGAUUUCUGUUCUCAUCCUGAAGCAAAGUUCUUUGUGGAAGCCGCCCAGAGUGGCUGGGGAAACCCAGCCUGAUGGGUGGGGUACAAAUAAUAAAUUAUUAUUGUUAUUAUUAUUAAUCCGAGGUACUAUUUCUGCAUUAGCGGAGUCUGUAACCUGAAGGGUCUGUAACCUGAAGCGUAUGUAAGCUGAGGUACCACUGUAUUCGGUUGGGAGCCGCCCAGGGUGGCUGGGGAAACCCAGCCAAAUGGGUGAGGUAUAAAUAAUAAAUUAUUAUUAUUAUUAUUAUUAUUAUUAUUAUUAUUAUCCCGGUUCCUCUUCUGCAGUCGGCAUCAUUUUUUUCUUAACUGCUGUUUCCUUCUUUCUGCUUCAGGGAAGCUGUGUUUCCACCAGACCCAGGUCUUUCAGAAGAUCGCCGCAGACCUCCAUCCCCGCGUGCCGGAGCUGUCCCCUGGGGAUGUGGUGCGCUGCCUGAAGUCCUUCGCUUACCUCAAGUGGCUCAACCUGCCCCUCUUUGAGGCCUUUGCGCAGGUGAGUAAGGGGCAGAGGUGGAGGCAAACCCCCACGUCCUAUGGCCCUGUUCCUUUGAGCCAGCGUGGUGUAGUGGUUAAGAGCGGCGGACUCGUAAUCUGGUGAACCGGGUUCGAUUCCCCGCUCCUCCACAUGCAUCUGCUGGGUGACCUUGGGCCAGUCACACUUCUCUGAAGUCUCUCAGCCCCACUCACCUCACAGAGUGUUUGUUGUGGGCGAGGAAGGGAAAGGAGAUUGUUAGCUGCUUUGAGACUCCUUCGGGUAGUGAUAAAGCGGGCUAUCAAAUCCAAACUCUUCUUUGACUCAUCAGUGCCAGGCUGUGAAGCCUGUUUUAGUUUGAGGGCUGUGUUUUCCCGUGGGCAGCCUCCUAGGAGCCACUGACUGGGAGUGGCCGCAGGGACCACACAACACUGGUCCUGAGAGAUCUGCAUUGGCUCCCAGUACGUUUCAGAGCACAAUUCAAAGUGUUGGUGCUGACCUUUGAAGCCCUAAACAGCCUCAAAGGCCCAAGGAGCCUCUCCACCCCCAUUGUUCUACCCGGACACUGAGGUCCAGCGCCGAGGGCCUUCUGGCGCCCGCCCUGUGGAAUGCCCUCCCUUCAGAUGUGAAGGAAAUAAGUAGCUAUCUUAUCUUGAAAAGACAUCUGAAGGCAGCCCUGUUUAGGGAAGUUUUUAAUAUUUAAUGCUGUAUUGAUUUUAACACUCGAUUGGAAGCCGUCCAGAGUGGCUGGGGAAACUCAGCCAGAUGGGCAGGGUAUAAAUAAUAAAUUAUUGUUAUUAUUAUUAUUAUUAUUAUUAUUAUUAUUAUUACUACUACUACUACUACUACUGACCCGGGGUGGGUGUGGCCCAAGCUAUGUCUCCAGGUAUGUGUCUGGACCCACAUGCGUGUGCAGAAUUCACAUGUGUCCAUGCACACGCUACCAAGAAGUAUAGGACCUUCUGUGUCUUGGUUAUGAAUACAGUGGACCCUCAGGUUACUUUACCUUCGGGUAACAUAAUCUUCAGGUUGCGAACGCAGCAAACCCGGAAGUGAGUUUGCUACGUACGCAGAAGCGGUCUGUGGCUCCAUGCGCAGAAGCGGUCCUCCGGUUAUGAAAUUUUUGGGAUAUGCUGGGCCUCUGGAACAGAUCCAUAGCUGUCAACAUUUCCCUUUUCUUGCGAGGAAUCCUAUUCGGAAUAAGGGAAUUUCCAUUAAAAAAAGGGGAAAGUUGACAGCUAUGAACAGAUCCCGUUCGUAACUGGAGGUCCUACUGUAUGUGCUUUCCUGUAACCUGGUGCUCACAGGAAGUGGUCUAAACCACUGAGCCUCUUGGGCUUGCCGAUCAGAAGGUUGGCGGUUCGAAUCCCCUCGACGGAGUGAGCUCCCAUUGCUUGGUCCCAACUCCUGCCAACCUAGCAGUUCGAAAGCACGCCAGUGCAAGUAGAUAAAUAGGUACUGCUGUGGCGGGAAGGUAAACGGCGUUUCCGUGCGCUAUGGUUUCCGUCACGGUGUCCCGUUGCGCCAGAAGCGGUUUAGUCUUACUGGCCACAGGAAGCUGUUUGUGGUCAAACUCUGGCUCCCUCGGCCUGAAAGCGAGAUGAGCGCCGCAACGCCAGAGUCGCCUUUGACUGGACGCAACCAUCCAGGGGUCCUUUACCUUUUAACUUUUACACAGACGCAGAUUUAAAGAAAAGUUGAUUUAUUACAUGAGAAGAGAGGCCAUCUGAAUGCUGCUUCAGAUAGCGAGGCAAGAAGUACAAUAGGGCAGCAAAUCAGACAGUACAUAUGCAUCUUGAACUAAAGCAGGCGUAGGCCAACUUGGCCCUCCAAAUGUUUUGGUACUACAAUUUCCAUCAUCCCUGACCACUGCUCCUGUUAGAUAGGGAUGAUGGGAGUUGUAGUCCCAAAACAUCUGGAGGGCCGAGUUUGCCUAUGCCUGAACUGAAGUGUAAAGAAAGGAUCUCUUUCAAAAGGCUAAAAAGAGUGGGGGUGGCUUUUGUCAGAGACUCAGAAACACACAAAAAAUAAAGUAAGAAAGGAGGAGGAGGAAGUUAUUCGUGUGUUGAUUCAAAGUGUUAGGCUGGUCUUUGAGAGCGUGGAGUGAAAAGGGGGUCUGUGUUGGGGCUUGGAGAGCUAACCAAGCAAUGAAAAUAUUCUAGGAUGAAAGCGGUGGGGCUUCUGUUCCCAUUCAAGCAGUUUCUGAUUCAUUUACGAUACGAUAAUCUUCAUUGCCAUUGUCCCAAACAGAACAACGAAAUUGAAAAUCUACAUAAGACAUUCAAAACCCAACAAGUCUGCUAUCCCAGCUAUCCCAACCUGGUUAGCCCCCUAAAAACUCUGAUACCCCACUUUAAAAUACAAUAUACUCCAAUACAGGCUCCUUAUUGUUUAGUCGUUUAGUCGUGUCCGACUCUUGGUGACCCCCUGGACCAGAGCACGCCAGGCACUCCUGUCUUCCACUGCCUCCCGCAGUUCGGUCAAACUCAUGCUGGUAGCUUGGAGAACACUGUCCCACCACCUCGUCCUCUGUCGUCCCCUUCUCCUUGUGCCCUCCAUCCUUCCCAACAUCAGGGUCUUUUCCAGGGAGUCUUCUCUUCUCAUGAGGUGGCCAAAGUCUUGGAGCCUCAGCUUCAGGAUCUGUCCUUCCAGUGAGCACUCAGGGCUCCAUUCAGAAUGGAGAGGUUUGAUCUUCUUGCAGUCCAUGGGACUCUCAAGAGUCUCCUCCGGCACCAGAAUUCAAAAGCAUCCAUUCUUUGGCAAUCAGCCUUCUUUAUGGUCCAGCUCUCACUUCCAUACAUAACUACUGGGAAAACCAUAGCUUGAACUAUACGGACCUUUGUUGGCAAGGUGAUGUCUCUGCUUUUUAAGAUGCCGUUUAAGAUGCUGGCUCCUUACAAAGCAGGCUCCUUACAAUGUGUUUAAAACCAAAAUUGCGUUUGGGUAGAAACUGUUUCUCAGGCGGCUAGUCCUAGUCUUUAUAACCAUAUUUAUGGCUAAACUGUAACCGUUUGAAAUGAAUGAACUCAAUCGCUUUUCCCCUAUGCUUCUUUUCUUAGCACACCGUGGACAACGCCGAAAAAUACUCCCUGGUCCACCUUAGCAACGUCGUCCUCGCUUUUGCUCGCUUGAACUUCCAUCCCAGCUGCAGAGAUGCCUUCUAUAGCACAGUAAAGUCCUUUAUUCAUCUUGGGAGGGCAGAGGGAGGGAGAAUGUAGCCAUCGGCCGGGGAUGCUUUAGCAGAGAUUCCCGCAUUGCAGCGGGUUGGACUGGAUGACCUGGGGAGGUCCCUUCCAACUCUGUGAUUACAUGAUUCUAAGUAGGUUCUCAAAUGCCAGCCUAGAGGUAUUCCCCUGCCGCCGCCCAAGAGACUAACAUCCUAUCCCCUUUUGAUUGUGUUUGUAGGAGGGGAAAGAGGGUUAUUUGUUUCUGGGGGUUUGUUCUGUCCUUGUUUGUAUUAUGUACAGUGGAACCUCGGUUUUCAGAAGUCUCGGAAGUCGGAAGUUUCGGUUUCCAAAAGCCGAAAACCCAGAAGUAACUGCUUCAGUUUUUAAACGUUUCGGAAGUCAAAUGGUCUUCUGGAAUGGAUUACGUUCGAAACCAAGGUUCCACUGUAUUUUAUGUUUUUAUCUUGUAUUCUUAUGCUGUGAACCGCUCUGAGAUCUACAGAUGAAGGGCAAUAUAUUACUACUACUACUACUACUACUACUGGGGACACGGGGGGCGCUGUGGGUUAAACCACAGAGCCUAGGACUUGCCGAUCAGAAGGUUGGCGGUUCGAAUCCCAGCGACGGGGUGAGCUCCCGUUUCUCAGUCCCUGCUUCUGCCCACCUAGCAGUUCGAAAGCACGUCAAAGUGCAAGUAGAUAAAUAGGUACCACUCCAGCAGGAAGGUAAACGGCAUUUCCAUGCGCUGCUCUGGUUUGCCAGAAGCAGCUUAGUCAUGCUGGCCACAUGACCCGGAAGCUGUACGCCGGCUCCCUCGGCCAAUAAAGCGAGAUGAGCGCCGCAACCCCAGAGUCGGCCAUGACUGGACAUAAUGGUCAGGGGUCCCUUUACCUUUACUACUAUUACUACUACUAAUGAUAAUAACCCGCUUCUUUCUCCUUUCCAGGUCCACAGAGGGAUGGACAACCACUUGGAUGACUUAGACCCCUACCUGCUUCUGGACCUGGUGUGGUCCCUCUGCGUUCUGCAGCAAGCGAAGGCUUCCCAUCUGCAAAAAGUUUUGGAGCCGGAGUUUUGCACUCGCUUCUUAGGUAUGAGCAGAUGAGGGGACGAGUGACCUGGGUGGGGAGGAGGUGGGGAAAGCAUCCAAGGACCAGGAAAACUGCUUCCUAGCAGUGGGCACUCUGACCCUCCCCUGGCCACGGACCCCUUUUAGAUGCCCCUUCCCUUCACCUUUCAGGACCGACCUGGAGUUGGGAAUCUGACUGCUAGGUGGCGCUGCUCCCCAAGGAUUUUGGCACAGAGCUCAUCUAUUAUCUAAGGCUCCAUCUGUGCCCUACAUUUAAAGCAGCGUCACGCCGCUUUUGAGCAGCCACGGCUUCCUCACUCCGCAAAGAAUUCUGGGAACUGUAGUUCAUGUAGGGUGCUGAGAGUUCUUGCGACGCAUCUGAGGAUAGGAUAGGAGGGGGCUGCCUAUGGGGCCCUGUAUAGCCCUUCUCCAGCUCAGGCCCCACUGAAACGACUGAGGUAUGCACAGCGCUCAUGCUCUAGGUUAGCGCAAAGAAAGUACCUGCUGUGUUGGGUCCCAUCUUUAUUCAUUCAUCUUGCUAUUUCAUUAUUAUUAUUAUUAUUAUUAUUAUUAUUAUUAUUAGCACUAGUAUCCUGCCCUAUACCCAUAGAUCUCUGGGUGGUUCACGGCAUAAAAUUACAAUACAAAAAGAAAAACAAAAUAUGUACUAGAAACAAAAAAACCCAAAGAAGACCCAAGAACACCUCUUCCACUAAAAUAAUAAUAAUAAUAAUAAUAAUAAUAAUAAUAAUAGACCCAGAGGCAACCUCACCUUCCCCUGACGGGGCUGAGAGUGGAGCACCUGCAGGCAAUGGGUCCUCCAUCACCUCCGGAGCCAGAGCAGAUUCAGCUGGUGCCUGCACCUGAGGAUCCAGCACAGGUGAGGACCCUUAUGCCUCAGCCCCGGCUCAGCCAGUCCUGGAGGUGGGGACUUCUGUGAAGGCUGGGAUUCCUCAGGUUUAGCCUCUGAAUCUGAUUCCCAGGCCAUCACAAUAGGGCUUUAAAGGUUAAAACCAGCACCUUGAACCUGAUCCUGUACUCCACCGGGAGCCAGUGCAGCUGGAAUAGCACCGGGUGAAUGUGAUCCCGCGGCGAGGACCCCGUAAGGAGUCUCGCCGCGGCAUUCUGCACCAUUCUGCACUGUUUUCUUUCUCUCUCUCUUCCUUUUCCUUCCUCCACCUACGGCAGACGACCCCUCGGCCAGAGGGCACAACUACCGGCUCAAACUGAUCCACAUCAACGCCGCCGCCUGCCUGGAGUGCGCCGACUACGCAGGGCCCCUCCUGCCGCCGGAAGCCCUGGGCAGCAAGGGGCUCCAGGGGGGCAGGAAGCCCACCCCCCUUCAGAGCAGCCUCAGGGAGGUGCUGCAGGUGGUUGCGGGAGACCCAGCGAAAGUGCGCUUUGAGGUGGACACCGACUGCGGCUGGCUGCUUGGUGAGCCCCACUCUUCGUGCUGUUGUAGGGGGCAGCGUGGGGCACUGGAGGGCAGGCCGUUUGCAGAGGAAAAUAUCUGUGGAGGCCUCCUCUUCGCAUGGCAACAUCUUGCCCCACCUACAGAAGGGUCCCCUUAGCCGUUGGGUGACAGGGAGGGGGCACAUUCUUGUCCCAGGGGGCAAGAUCUCUACAGUGGUACCUCAGGUUACAGACGCUUCAGGUUACAGACUCCGCUAACCCAGAAAUAGUACCUCGGGUUAAGAACUUUGCUUCAAGAUGAGAACAGAAAUCGUGCUCCGGCGGCAGCGGGAGGCCCCAUUAGCUAAAGUGGUGCUUCAGGUUAAGAACAGUUUCAGGUUAAGAACGGACCUCCGGAACGAAUUAAGUUCUUAACCCGAGGUACCACUGUAUCUCACACCACCCCACAGCCAAGUUGGGGGUUGGCACUUGGGUCCAUAGGUUAUGAAUACUGUAGUAGUGUUUUAUAAGGGCACGGGUGGCACUGUGGUCUAAACCGCCGAGCCUCUUGGGUAGAGGUCAGCAAACUUUUUCAGCAGGGGACCGGUCCACUGUCCCCUUGUGGGGGGCCGGACUAUUUUUUUUUGGAGGGAAAUGAAGAAAUUCCUAUGCCCCACAAAUAAGCCAGAGAUGCAUUUUAAAUAAAAGCACACAUUCUACUCAUGUAAAAACACGCUGAUUCCUAGACCGUCGGUGGGCUGGAUUUAGAAGACGGUUGGGCCGGAUCCGGUCCCCGGGCCUGAGUUUGCCUACCCAUGCUCUUGGGCUUGCCGAUCAGAAGGUCGGCGGUUCGAAGCCCUGCAACAGUGUGAGCUCCCGUUACUCUGUCCCAGCUCCUGCCAACCUAGCAGUUCGAAAGCACGUCAAAGUGCAAGUAGAUAAAUAGGGACCACUGCGGUGGGAAGGUAAACGGCGUUUCCAUACGCUCUGGCCUCCAUCACAGUGUCCUGUUGUGCCAGAAGCAGUUUAGUCCUGCUGGCCACAUGACCCGGAAAGCUGUCUGUGGACAAACGCCGGCUCCCUCAGCCUGAAAGCGAGAUGAGCGCCACAACCCCAUAGUCGCCUUUGACUGGACUUAACCGUCCAGGAGUCCUUUACCUUUACCUUACCUUAGUAGUACCUUGUGGAUCCUAUAACAGGACUUUGGCUGCAUUACUGCUACUAUUAUUCAUUUACCGCUUUGUGUUUUAAGGAAAGAAUCUCAGGGUGGUUUACGACACAUUAUAGAAUCAUAGAAUUGUAGACCAGAAUCUCCCAACCGAGACUGUUUUACUAUCAAACAGCUCUCAGUCAGAAAGUUUUUCCAGAUGUUUAGUCCUUUCUUGUCACUUGAAACCAUUGGUUUGAGUCCUACCCUCUAGAGCAGGAGAAAAUAAGCUUGUUGCUUCUUCCAUGUGAUAAAAUAAUUCAAGCUUCAGAUUCAAGCUUCGAGGGAAAUAUUUCAGAUCCGUUACUAAGGGACAUUUUGCUUUCCUCAUAUUUAUUUACCUUCUUAAUUUACUGAGCUGUCCCAUAGCCGAAGAACUCUAGGAAGCCAGUUGGGUGUAGUGGUUAGACGGUUCUCAACCUGUGGGUCCCCAGAUGUUGUUGGACUACAACUCCCAUCAUCCCUGAACUCUGGCCUUGCUAGCUAGGGGUGAUGGGAGUUGUAGUUCAACAACACCUGGGGACCCACAGGUUGAGAAAGGCAGGGUUAGCGUGUCAGACUAGGAGCUGGGAGAUCAGGCUAGCUUCACAGAUGUUGCCUUGCAGCGAGUUCGGGGUGAUUCCCAAAACACAGCAAAGCAACCCAAUUAAUCAGCAAGGGGCAAUCUCCACCAGGUGUCCCCAUGUGGCCGUUUUUGUCAAGCCACGCCAACCUACCUAAUAUAUGAUGUCAGGCGCAGGGCAGGUAAUGGGUUUGAAAGCCCUCCCGAUCGGCUGGUCCAUGGGAUCUGCAGAGCCCCUGCCCACAGGAGAAUUGCCAGCUCAGAAGUGACAUUUCUUUUCCAUCCGCAGAUGCCGAGAUGGUGCUUAACGCAGACAACCAGCCCUUGCCUGUAGCAGACUUCACAGCUCCUGCCGAGGCCCAGUCCGAGGGAUCUAAACCUCUCCCGCUCGGGGCCAGAAGGUGAGUCUUCGGGGCUGUUGGUUAGGGCAGCGUUUCUCAAACCUGAGCCCUAGCAGGACCAGGGCUCAGGGAUGAUGGGAGUUGUAGUCCUGGUGAAAUAAUAAUAAUAAUAAUAAUAAUAAUAAUAUAUUAUUAUUAUUAUUAUUAUUAUUAUUAUUAUUAUUAUUAAUGCUCCGCCCAUCUGGCUGGGUUUCCCCAGCCACUCUGCAAAAAUUUUAUUAGUUUUUACAAUAUCAAUGACAAACAAAAACAUAAAACAAACAAAACAUAACAAACAUAAAUCAUAACCUUAUUGAAAAUAACAGUUAUUUACUUUGUAAAACGACUUCCUCGUUUCCCCUUAGUUGAAUUUCAUUGCAUGUCCUUAUUACGGUUUCCCAAAUCCCAAUUUUAAUACCCUUUAAAUUAAACAUUAACAUCUUUAAAUCUUCUCCUUCUUGUAUUAAACAUAUUUUAUCAGUUAACAUAGAUACAAUCCUAAGCCCUUUAAUUAUCUGGAUGCUAUUUCCAGUUAUUUUAGCUUAACAAAUUUAACUAAAUAAUCAUUAAAUUUCUUCCAUUCUUCGUAAUGUUCAUUCCCCAGCCACUCUGGGCGGCUUCCAACACAAUAUUAAAAUACAGUAACGCAUCAAACGUUAAGAGCUUCCCUAAACAGGGCUGCCUUCAGAUGUCGUCUAAAAGUCUGGUAGUAGUUGUUCUCUUUGAAAUCUGGUGGGAGGGCGUUCCACAGGGCGGGUGCCACUACCGAAAAGGCCCUCUGCCUGGUUCCCUGUAACCUCACUUCUCGCAGGGAGGGAACUGCCAGAAGGCCCUCGGCGCUCGACCUCAGUGUCCGGGUAGAACGAUGGGGGUGUAGACGCUCCUUCAGGUAUACUGGACUGAGGCCAUUUAGGGCUUUCAAGAUCAGCACCAACACUUUUAAUUGUGCUCGGAAACGUACUGGGAGCCAGUGUAGGUCUUUCAAAACCGCUGUUAUGUGGUCUCGGCAGCCGCUCCCAGUCAACAGUCUAGCUGCCUCAUUCUGGAUUAGUUGUAGUUUCCGGGUCACCUUCAAAGGUAGCCCCACGUAGAGCACAUUGCAGUAGUCCUAGUGGGAGAUAACCAGAGCAUGCACCACUCUGGCGAGACAGUUUGCAGGCAGAUAGAGUCUCAGCCUAAAUACCAGAUAGAGCUGGUAAACAGCUGCCCUGGACACAGAAUUGACCUUGCAGGUUUAGGGUGAUUGCAUCAAGUCAUCUUUCCUGGUUCAGGGCAAGACUCUGCUCUUGGUGCUGGAAAGCAAGUGGAGAGGAAGCCGGUCCUUAUUUGCAGGCCCUUCCGGGGAAGACGCAAGAUUUUGGGAAUUCUGGCAGGGUGCUUGUCCACGGCGCACCAGAGCUGUAGGCUCUGGCUUAGAGGGGGCACCAAAAUUUCGGCCACAAAGACAGAGACGACCUGAUGCCCUGCAGGUUUUUUUUUUAUAUAUUUAUUAAGGCUUUUUGAAAUAUUACAGUAAAAAUGAAAAAGAAAAAAGAAAAAUACAAAAUAAAAACAGUUAAAAACACACAUAUUUUCUAUUACUUAUUUUCCUUUGGCUUAUUUCCCGGACUUCCUCGUACCUCCCUUUUUUGUAUUCCACUUCAAUUUAUUGGUUCAGCAAAUCCUUACCAUUAGAUUUUAACCCAUUUAUAACCCUUUUUUCAUAUUCUCUUAGAGCAUUACAGCUAGAAACAGCUAAUUAGUAUCCAACAUCAUUCUAUCAUUCAUUAAUUUUACAAUAUUUCUGUAAAUAGUCUUUAAAUUUCUUCCAAUCUUCUUCCACCGACUCUUCUCCCUGGUCUCGGAUUCUGCCAGUCAUUUCUGCCAAUUCCAUAUAGUCCAUCACCUUCAUCUGCCAUUCUUCCAAAGUGGUAGAUCUUGUGUCUUCAAUACUUUGCAAUGAGUAUUCUUGCUGCUGUUGUAGCAUACAUAAAAAAUCUGUCCUUCUUGGCACCAAUUGGCCGACAAUGCCUAGAAGAAAGGCCUCUGGUUUCUUCAAGAAGGUAUAUUUAAAUACCUUUUGCAGUUCAUUAUAUAUCAUUUCCAGCAAGCCUUAAUCCUGGUCACGUCCACCAAGGUGAAAGAAUGUACCUUCAGUUUCUUUACAUUUCCAGCAUUUAUUAUCAGGCAAAUGAUAGAUUUUUGCAAGCUUGACUGGGGUCAUGUACCACCUGUAUAUCAUUUUCAUAAUAUUCUCUCUUAGGACAUUACAUGCCGUAAACUUCAUACCUGUGGUCCAUAACUGUUCCCAGUCCGCCAUCAUUAUGUUAUGACCAACAUCUUGUGCCCAUUUAAUCAUAGCAGAUUUCACCGUUUCAUCCUGAGUAUUCCAUUUCAGCAGCAAGUUAUACAUUGCUGUAUAAUGGAAGAAUGGAUGCCGUGCAGGUGUUGCCCAGCUGCAGCUCUGCUCUUCCUUGGCCGUUGGUCACACUGGCUGAUGCUGGGAGUCCAGCAAUAUCUAGAGGACCCCACACUGCGUACCCUUGGUCUAGAAAAAGGCACGCCAAGAACUCAGGCCAAUGUGAGUUUCAAUAGUGGGAGUGGUCCCUACUCUCAAAUCAAUAGUCAAUUGUAACAAAAACUAAUCCAUUCAAAAGAGAUUACAAACUCAAACUCAUAAUGAUAUAUAUAACACAAUAAUUCGUUACAGAAUUGGAGAUAAGAGUUUAUGAGUAGAGUAUCUACUCGGCCCAGUAUACCUGAAGGAGCGUCUCCACCCCCAUCGUUCAGCCCAGACACUGAGGUCCAGUGCCGAGGGCCUUCUGGCGGUUCCCUCCCUGCGAGAAGUGAGGUUACAGGGAACCAGGCAGAGGGCCUUCUCGGUGGUGGCGCCUGCCCUGUGGAAUGCCCUCCCUUCAGAUGUGAAGGAAAUAAGUAUCUAUCCUAUCUUUAAAAGACAGCUGAAGGCAGCCCUGUUCAGGGAAGCUUUUAAUAUUUAACGCUGUAUUGUUUUUAAUACUUGAUUGGGAGCCGCCCCGAGUGGCUGGGGAAACUCAGCCAGAUGGGCGGGGUAUAAAUAAUAAAUUAUUAUUAUUAUUAUUAUUAUUCGGCACAGAACCCGCCGGCCGCACACUGAUUUAAAUUUCCGCAAGCCGUGUGUUGGACCCUCUGGCCUAAUCCUUGUGAGUUUUCUCCACCCAUCUUUAGAAAGGGCGUGUUGCAGACAUUGACUAAAGCCUGCCUAAGGGGCAUUUAUGGGCAGUGGCCUCCCUGGCAGUCAGGCAGGUGCUCCUCAAAAGGCAGAAGAUGUUAUUGGGAGUCCAUGAUGGUGCUGAGCUCUGUUUUCUCUCUCCCCUUCCCACCCCAAACUCUCUCGCAGGCUCGCCUUUCUCGGAUGGGAGUUCCCAAACUUCAGCAACCGGAGCAAAGACCUGCUGGGGCGCUUCGCAAUGGCCCGACGCCACGUCCAAGCCUCCGGUUUCCUGGUUGUUGAUGUGAGUUGCUGGGCUGUGGGUGGGUGAAUUCCGCGAUUGCUCCAUAUUCUCUUUUUUUUAAUGUUUAAAUAUUUUUAUUUUUUACCAACAACCAAAGCACAAACAGUGAAACGCCCCCAGGCAGCUGAUACAUUGGGUAUACGUAAUCAAUAAUAACAUAUUCAAAUCAACCAUAUGUACAAUUUUAUAUACGUUAACACUCCUCCACCCACAAGGUUUAUGUAACUUUUAACAUUUUAAUUGCCCCAAAUUGUUCAAACCUAGCCAAAUAAUUCAAUAUCUUCUCAAACCAAUCCUCCUCUUUCUCACUGACCUUAAACCCUUUCAUUCUGUGUAUCUUCACAGUUAGAUAUUGUAAAAUUAUAAUGUUCAGUUUUUCCCUCCAUUGGUUCACCCCUAGCUCGUCUGCAUUUUUCCAGUUAAUCGCUAUAACCUGUCUGGCUGCAGUUACCAUCAAUUUUACCCAUUUACAUUCCUUUUUUGUUUUUAACUCGGUGCUACUCAGACUAAUAAGAACCACUAAUUUAGAUAUUCUCACCUUCCUACCCACAAUUCCCGAUAUUUCUAUACCAAUCUGUUUCCAAAAUUCAUUAACUGACGGACAAUGCCACCACAUAAGGCUGUACGUUCCCAUCACUCCACAUUUCCUCCAACAAUUUAUAGAAUCAUAGAACCAUCGUAGAGUUGGAUCCAACCCGCUGCAUCUGAAUCGCAGCUAAAAAAAAUUCUAAUAGACGACCACACAACCUCUAUUUAAAAACCUCCAACGAAGGAGAGUCCAUCACCUUCUGAGGUCGUCCGUUCUACUGUCAAUGUUUGAAUCCAUUGGUUUGGGUCCUCCCCUCUGGAGUAGCAGGAAACAAGUUUGUUCCCUCUUCCACGGGACAGCCCUUGAGAUAUUUGAAAAUGGCCUUCGUCUCACCAAUCAUUCUUCUCUUCUCCAAGCUAAACAUGCCCAGCUCCUUCAACCGUCCUCCGUCUUGAUUGUCCUCCUCUGCCCUCCUUCCAUCUUGUCAAUAUUCUUCUUAAAUUGUGGUGCCCAGAACUGGACACAGUAUUCUAAAUGUGGUCUGACUAAAGCAGAAUAGAGCGGUACUAUUACUUCUCUUGAUCUGGACAGUAUACAGUGGUACCUCGGGUUACAGACGCUUCAGGGUACAGACACUUCAGGUUACAGACUCCGCUAACCCAGAAAUAGUACCUCAGGUUAAGAACUUUGCUUCAGGAUGAGAACAGAAAUCGUGCUCUGGCGGCAGCAGGAGGCCCCAUUAGCUAAAGUGGUGCUUCAGGUUAAGAACAGUUUCAGGUUAAGAACGGACCUCCGGAACGAAUUAAGUACUUAACCCGAGGUACCACUGUACUUCUGUUGAUGCAGCCUAGAAUAGCAUUAGCUUUUUAUGCUGCUGCAUCACACCAUUGACUCCCGUUCAGCUUGUGGUCCACUAACAACAACAACAACAAAUUUACAACAACAACAACAAAAUUUGUACCCCACCUAUCUGACGGGGUAGCUUCCAGUAUAUAUAAAACCAUAAUAAAACUUUAAACCUUAAAAAGCUUCCCGAUACAGGGUUGCCUUCAGGUGUCUUCUAAAAGUCAGAUAGUUCUUUAUUUCCUUGACGUCUGAUGGGAGGGCGUUCCCCAGGGCGGGCGCCACCACCGAGAAGACCCUCUGCCUCUGUCUACGCGGGGUGUGCCCUUGAAGCUUAGCCCGAGAAACUCCAGCGGGUGCGGAAUGCUGCAGCGAGCCUCCUCACGGGGUCUCUGCCAUGGGACCAUAUUCACCCAGUGCUUUUCCAGCUGCACUGGCUCCCGGUGGAGUACAGGGUCAGGUUCAAGGUGCUGGUCUUGACCUUUAAAGCCCUUCACUGCCUAGGACCCUCGUACCUACGGGACCGCCUCUCCCGGUAUGCCCCACGGAAGACCCUAGGGUCCAUGAAUAAUAAUAGCUUAAAGGUCCCGGGCCCUAAGGAAGCCCAACUAUCCUCCAUCAGGGCCAGGGCCUUUUCAGUGAUGGCUCCGACCUGGUGGAACGCUCUGUCCCACGAGACUAGGACCCUGCAGGAUCUGAUUUCUUUCCGCAGGGCCUGUAAGACAGAGUUGUUCCACCUGGCCUUUGGCUUAGAAUCAAUUUGAUUCCCUCCCCUUCUUACUUUUUUCCUUUCUCCUCCUGCGAUGAGGCUGCAUUUUAAUGUUGUAUUUUAAUCUUGUUUUUUAAGUUGUAUUUUAAUCAACUUGUUUUUAUUAUUGGUUGCUAGCCGCCGUCAGCCUGGUCUUGGCUGGGGAGGGCGGGAUAUAACUAAAAAUUAUUAUUAUUAUUAUUAUUAUUAUUAUUGGGCAGGUGCAAAGUCUCUGUGCAUAUGGGACCCUUCUAUAGGAGCCUCCCAGAACCGGUGAGGGCAAGGCUGAGCUAGCAAGAGAGUAAAAGAAAAGGACGUAUGCAGAUGCCCUUGAUUUGCGUCACGGUGGGCAGGGUUAUUGUAGGUGGGGGGGGGCAGCCUGCCUUUGCCCGGUUUAGGAUGAAGAUACGAUUUGAGCACUCCCACCCCGUUCUGCGCCCCUCCCCUGUUCUCCCCCCACCAGGGAAUGGCGGAAAGCCCUGCGUCCGCUCGCCCCAGUUCCCCAGGAGUGGCUUGGAGCAGGGGGAGCGCCGCCUUUCCUCCUGCCUCUUGACCGCUCUCUCUCUCUUCCUCUCUGGCGUCAGGCUGCCCGCUGGAGGGCUCCAGGGGUGGGGUGGGGGGGAAGUGGGGGGGCAGAGGCUGCACUCAAACAGCGAUCAUACAUUAUUUAGCUCCUUGGAAGCAAUUAUAGCUCUGCAGUCCUCGGCACCCCCUGCUCUGCUCUCCGGCAGCUUGGAGGAAAGGGCAAAGGGGGUGGGGGGUGGAGAGAUGUCGGAUGCAGCCGCAGUUGCUGCCUUCCCCCCCCCCCCCGUUGGGGGCCAGGAGGGGAGGGGGAGCCCAGGCGAGGCACCCUCCUACAGGCCCUGCUUGCUCUGUAUAGCCUUGACUGAGCUCUGAACUGCCUUCCCUUUGAUUCUGUGUGUAAGAGAGUGAGUCUGCUUUUUGCAGAUCAGCCUUUGCCAACUUGGUGCCCCCAGCAGCGCACCACAGCCGUGCUGGCUGGUCCUCUUUGGAGUUGCAGUCCAGAACAACUCGAGGGCACCUGGUUGGCAAAGGCGGUUGUGGAUAAAUUGACUCCAGUCUUGCAAAGAAGACUGCUUUACCCCUUCUCCUACUUUGGGUGUAAUCUUUGCCACCUCCCUUUCCAUGGAGGCGCAGAUUGCAGCUACAACAAAGGCGGCAUUUUUUCAUCUCCGCCAAGCUAAGCAGUUGGCUCCUUACCUCUCUCGCCCUGACCUAGCCACUGUGAUCCACGCGACGGUCACCUCCAGACUUGAUUAUUGUAACUCGCUCUACGUGGGGCUGCCCUUGAGACUGACCCAGAAACUCCAGCGGGUGCAGAAUGCUGCAGCGAGACUCCUUACGGGGUCCUUGCUGCGAGAUCACAUUCACCCGGUGCUAUACCAGCUGCACUGGCUCCCGGUGGAGUACAGGAUCAGGUUCAAGGUGCUGGUUUUAACCUUUAAAGCCCUAUACGGCCCAGGACCCUCGUACCUACGGGACCGCCUCUCCUGGUAUGUCCCACGGAGGACCUUACAGUCUUCAAAUAAAAAAAUCUUGAAGGUCCCAGGCCACAGAGAGGUUAGGCUGGCCUCAACCAGAGCCAGGGCUUUUUCAGCCGUGGCCCUGAUCUGGUGGAACGCUCUCACAAGAGACUAGGGCCCUGCGGAACUUGACAUCUUUCCGUGGGGCCUGCAAGACGGAGCUGUUCCACCAGGCCUUUGGCCAAGGCACAGUCUGACCUCCUCCUUUGGCACUCCUCACAGAACUCUAGCCCAAUGGCUGCCAUUAAUUUGAUUUUGAAUUGAUUUUAGAAUGAACGGAUUUUAGAAUGCUGUGUUACUUUUAUUGUUGUUAGCCGCUCUGAGCCCGGCUUCAGCUGGGGAGGGCGGGAUAUGAAUAAAAAAUCAUUAUUACUAUUAUUUGAAGGAUGGCAGGAGCUGUGUGUGAGACAGAGCAGAUCAGAGCAAUUUUAGAGUCUUGUUCUUAUGUGAUGGAUUCAAACUGUAGAAUCAUAGAGUUGGAAGGGAUUAUGUGGGUCAUUUAGCCCAGCCCCCUGCAUUGCAGGAAUCUUUUGCCCAAUGUGGGGCUCAGACCCACAACCCUGAGAUUGAAAGUCUCAUGUCCUACCGAGCUGUCCCAGCCGUCCAUACAGGGUUACUAUCUCUCCCUAACCUACCUCACAGGGUUGUUGUGAGGAUAGAGGCGAGGUGGGUGAUUGUCCACAUACGCAACCCUGAGCUAUGUGCUCAUUGAGGAGAUUUCACCCCUCCCAUAUCCAAGAAUCUGCUGAUGUUCUCUGCUGAUUCUCCAGAGAGGAGGGGCGGUUUCUGCUCUCUACUUAUUCCGCUCCAGCCUCACAUCAAAGAGAGAGAGAGACUGAGUGUUAGAGAGAGAUCGUGUGUAGAGAUAAGGUUGCUGCUAAGAGCAGCUGCAGACACUCAGUGCAGUGCAGCAUUCAUUUAUGCUUAGACCUAUUUAGCUCUGUAUAUAGUUGUAUAAUAGUUGUAGAUAGAAUAAAGAAGAUAUUCUACAGAGCUGCUCUCCGAGUUGUUUCUAGACUCUGCCGUACUCUGCUGUGCGACGACUGUCUUCUUGUGGGAGUGAAUCCGGUGCUCACAACUCUAAGCUGUGAGUCCACAGCACUUUGACCUGUUCCUGUGCAGAAGGUGGUCUCUGGAAGUGCUACCCAGCUCGCCUAGGCCAGUCGGGGCUGAAGUGGAUGAGCCCAGUUGGUGGCACUGGCUCAAGGGCGAUGCUGACACUCAUUGCUAUCCUUUUUCUCCAAGCAGCUGAAGGCGGCACACAUGGUCUUUUCCCUUCCUCAUUUAAUCCCCGCAACAACCCUGGCUAGCGGGGAGACCCACAUACGCCGCCUUGAGCCCGUGGAGGAAAACGAUGGGAUAUAAACGCAGUCAAUAAAAAUGUAUUGUGUGAGGCUGCCGAUCAUAGGGCCCUGGACUGGUAGAGCAUGAGACUUUAAUGGCUGGGUUGUGGGUUUGAGACCCACGUUGGGCAAAACAUUCCUGCGUGGCAGGGGGUUGGACUGGAUGACCCUUGUGGUCCCUUCCAAGUCUGUGAUUCUACGAUUAGAGCCGUGUCACAAUACGAUAAUACGAUACGAUAAUCUUUAUUGUCAUUGUCCCAUACAACGAACACACAGGACAGAACACACAGGAUUAGGACUUGCAUGCUCUUUCAGGUCAAUCCCCAAAUUUGUGCUUUGAAUGUGUAAGUUCAGGGGUCACCACUUGUUCUUGUUCUUGUUGUUGUUGUUGUGUAGUCAUUCAGUCAUGUCCGACUCUUCGUGACCCCGUGGACCAGAGCACGCCAGGCACUCCUGUCUUCCACUGCCUCCCGCAGUUUGGUCAAACUCAUGUUCGUAGCUUUGAGAACACUGUCCCACCAUCUCGUCCUCUGUCGUCCCCUUCUCCUUGUGCCCUCCAUCUUUCCCAGCAUCAGGGUCUUUCCCAGGGAGUCUUCUCUUCUCCUGAGGUGGCCAAAGUCUUGGAGCCUCAGCUUCAGGAUCUGUCCUUCCAGUGAGCACUCAGGGCUGAUUUCCUUCAGAAUGGAGAGGUUUGAUCUUCUUGCAGUCCAUGGGACUCUCAAGAGUCUCCUCCAGCACCAGAAUUCAAAAGCAUCCAUUCUUCAGUGAUCAGCCUUCUUUAUGGUCCAGCUCUCACUUCCAUACAUCACUACUGGGAAAACCAGAGCUUGAACUAUACGGACCUUUGUCGGCAAGGUGAUGUCUCUGCUUUUUAAGAUGCUGUCUAGGUUUGUCAUUGCUUUUCUUCCAAGAAGCAGGCGUCUUUUAAUUUCGUGGCUGCUGUCACCAUCUGCAGUGAUCAGGGAGCCCAAGAAAGUAAAAUCUCUCACUGCCUCCAUUUCUUCCCCUUCUAUUUGCCAGGAGGUGAUGGGACCAGUGGCCAUGAUCUUUGUUUUUUUGAUGUUGAGCUUCAGACCAUAUUUUGCGCCCUCCUCUUUCACCCUCAUUAAAAGAUUAUUUAUUUAAUUCCUCCUCCCUUUCUUCCAUCUAUGUUGUGUCAUCUGCAUAUCUGAGGUCACCACAGGCUUAUCUAAAAAAGCAAAAAGCACAUGCGCUUUGCUCUGAUUCCCAAAACUGCUGAAGACAGCAGCCCGUCCCUGUCUCUGCAUCCUGCCAAUGAACACCAUUUUUGUGUGAGGCCGCUUAACCCUCCGGCCAUCAAUGUUUCAGCCCUUAAUCUGUUUGGGCUGCAUUUUCCCACGGCCCACCGAUCCUCCAGCUUUCAUUCCUCCAGGUGCCGGCCAGCCGCUUGUUUGUACAAAGUUGGGUGGAAAGUUGAGGCAUUGAGAGUCACCAGGGUGGAAGGGGACAGAGAUUAUCGCUGGCCGGCUGUCUGGGUAGACCGUGGCACCGUUCCCUGCCAGCCCCACUGGCUCAGAGCCACUCUGGAUAAUCCCCACGUGCGUAGAAGCCAAGGUGGCUGCGAGAUGCUCACGGAGAAGCGCUUCUGAUCAGGAAAACACGCUGCGUCGCGCACAGACACAACCCAGUCUGGAAGCCAAGCCAGUCGAGGGAGUUGCGUAUAUGAACUCUUCCCCAAAGACUGGGGUUUAAUGACUCCCAUCUAUCAAUAUCUAAAGAAACCUCUUUAAUUCUAGUGCAAUUAUGUGAUACUAACUGGGUUAUAAGGGACGCGGGUGGCGCUGUGGGUUAAACCACAGAGCCUAGGGCUUGCCGAUCAGAAGGUCAGCAGUUCAAAUCCCCGCGAUGGGGUGAGCUCCCGUUGCUCGGUCCCUGCUCCUGCCAACCUAGCAGUUCGAAAGCACAUCAAAGUGCAAGUAGAUAAAUAGGUACCGCUCCGGCGGGAAGGUAAACGGGGUUUCCGUGCGCUGCUCUGGUUUGCCAGAAGCGGCUUAGUCAUGCUGGCCUCAUGACCCGGAAGCUGUACGCCGGCUCCCUCAGCCAGUAAAGCGAGAUGAGCGCCGCAACCCCAGAGUCGGUCACGACUGGACCUAAUGGUCAAGGGUCCCUUUACCUUUACCUUUUAAGUGGGUUAUGUCGCUUGCUGUUGAAAUGCCUGAAUACUGAACAGAUUCUGAACAAAUACAGAACUGAUGUUUCAUAAAUGAAUAUGAGAAUCUUUGGCUGAUCUUCUCUGUCCAGGAAUAGAUGCAAUGCCUGGCAGGGCUUUUCUAGCUGAGGCCUGGCCUAGUUUCUGAGCACAAUUCAAAGUGUCGGUGCUGACCUUUAAAGCCCUAAACGGCCUCGGUCCAGUAUAUCUGAAGGAGUGUCUCCACCCCCAUUGUUCUGCCCGGACACUGAGAUCCAGCGCCGAGGGCCUUCUGGUGGUUCCCUUGCUGCGAGAAGUGAGGUUACAGGGAACCAGGCAGAGGGCCUUCUUGGUGGUGGCACCCGCCCUGUGGAACGCCCUCCCAGCAGAUGACCACGAGAAGAACAACUACCAGACUUUUAGAAGACAUCUGAAGGCAGCCCUGUUUAGGGAAGCUUUUAAUGUUUAACAGACUACUGUAUUUUAAUACUUUGUUGGAAGCCGCCCAGAGUGGCUGGGGAAACCCAGCCAGAUGGGCGGGGUAUAAAUAAUAAAUUAUCAUCAUCAUCAUCAUCAUCAUCAUCAUCUCCUCUUUCUCUCUUCCCCUCCACCUGUUGCAGGUUCCCUAUUACGAAUGGCUUGACCUGAAGUCAGAGUGGCAGAAGACAGCCUACCUCAAAGACAAGAUGGGCAAGGCGGUGGCUGAAGAGAUGGCAAAAUAGGGAGAACAAGAGACACACACACGCUCACAAGGGCAGUUGCCGGAUUAACUGCUGGGAGGGAGGGAUUCUGCCUGUCCUCGUCAACAGCCACCUUGGCGAUGCUCUGAAGAGAAGUGGCCGGGAGCAUCUCUGGACGCAUGGAGGGGUCCUCUUCAUCUAUGUAUAUAGAUGUGCAUUUGAAUAAACGGUCUAUUGUACAGUACAGGUCACA